AUGGAGAUCAGAAGAUGUUUCGAGCUGUCUCUCAAAGCCGAAGGCAAGUGUUUUCAGGCAUCAGCGAAGGUCUACGACGAGUGCACAGCAGCCGGCUUCUUAGAUGUUACGCGCCUGGCCUAUAGUUCCGAUUGGGACAGCAAUAUCCGUCUUGACACAGAUCAAAGAUUCGGUGCGAUUAUCGAAACUCUAUAUGCAAGUCUUCUGGUGAGAUCUGGACAGGUUGCAACUGACGAGGAAGCGACAAAGCAGGCUGGGGAGCUGCUUGUGAAGCAUCAGCGUCUUUGCGACGAGGGAAAAUCCCACCCGCUGAAGUUGAUGAGAGUUGUUGCCCAAAAGCCAUUCUUAAACUGA